GCAAUAGCAAAUGGACGAGUCGUGGCGGGCAUCGAUCGGAUCCAUGAUCCCCCGGCGGCGCUCCACAGAGGAGACGCGGGGGCGACGGGGUCGCUGGGCAGACUCCAGCAGCGGCGGCGCCCUCGGCCCGGAUGACUUCCGCGACGUCUUCGGCGGGCCGCCGCGGACCGUCCUCCUGCACCGCUUCUCCGGGGAGCUCCAUGCGCCCGGCGAUCCCAAGAACGGGAACUUCUACGACGACCCCUUCCGACGCCCAGAUCUGCAGAGGCGGAUCCCUCGGCCGGCGGCAGAUGGGCGAGGGAUCCAGGGGUUCGGGUCCCGUGCGAGGGCCAGGAUGGUGAAGACCGAGGAGGGUUUCUACGACGACAUAUUUGGGUCCGAUUGCAUCGGCGAUCGGCGGUCGAGGUCGAAAUCGAAGUCCUCUUCAUCGGUGCUGAGCUCGGAGGACGUCGGCCCUCCGAUUUGGGCAGCAUCGUCCAUGGCGGAGGACGCCAUCCUCUCUUCCUUCACUUCUAAACUCAGGCCAAUCACGAUCCCCUCGAAACGAUAUGUGUCUUCUCCGUCAACCUCUGCAAUAGAAGAAAGGAGCAUUGAUCUGUACCCUAUGAAUUCUUACUUCUUGGAGUGCAAAGACUAUAAGAAGAACAAAGGUCACAAUUCUAGCGAACUACUUCGACAAAGAUCUCAUCUUGGAUUCUCCUGCUGCUUUUCUCCGCCUGAGACGAUCAGCCUAGAAACCAGCUUCCGCAAGAAUCACGAUGAGCAAGAGGGAUCUUACAAUUCCUAUGCUGAUUCCCCGUCUUCAGAAAUAUCUUCUGCAUUUCUUGUUCCCAUGCUGUCGCAAGCAGACACAGAAAUGGAGGAUGUGAUACUGGAACUGGAAGGGGAUAGCCAUAGGCAAGGAGCAGGAAGCUCCUCCUACAAGAUUGAAAUCAACGACCGUGGCAUGGGAGAUAGAGAAGGAUCUGAUGCCAUAGAUGAGGCGAUUGCAUGGGCCAAGCAGAAGUUUUGGGAUCAUCAGGUUAGCCAAGGAGAUGAAAAACUUGACUCCAUGAAUCAGAGCAAAGAGGAUCCAGUUGGUAUUUGCUGAGCAAGACUGAAGCUUCAUAGCUUUCCCCUUUGCCCUGUAUAAAUAUACUUUAAGAGGCAGAAUCACAAACAAACCGCAGCAGCAGCCGAACAUGAUUCUCUUGGUUUAUGAUGUUUUAUAGAAUCAAAGACUUGUUGAUGCGUUGUGUGAGUGAUUUAUAAACUGGUACUAGUGUUUUGCUUGGAUUUCUAAUAUCUAUUGAUCCCCUUCCUCCUCUGCUGAAAGGUUUGUUUAGUUUUA